AUGGGUGCCAUCACUUACGAUAUUAAGAUUCCUUCGUCAAUCCUGUUUAAGUCCAUUAUUCUCGAUGCAAAUACCCUUAUUCCUAAAAUCAUGCCUCAGGCUAUCAAAAGUGUCGAAAUCUUGGAAGGAGAUGGUGGUGCUAAAGCCGUCAAGAUCGAUUAUCCAUUUUGGGAGGGCAACCAGAAUAAGAGCUAUAAUAGAAUAGAGCAGCUAGUGAUAGACUAUGAUAAUUUCGGAGAUGAUCAGCAGUCAUUGAGAGAAACUCGGAUGCGAGCCCGUAUGAUUGAACGUGAACUUAUGAACUUUUCCAGUGCAUGGUAUCCGAGUGUUCGGGUUGGACAGGCUGACACAGCUCGUGUCAGCGCAUUCACAGAGGCUGGUCGAUCAAGUGUUUACGCAGAGGCUGGGCCAUCUAAUAUUUACAUAGAGGCUGGUCCAUCAAGUAUUUACCUGGAAGCAGGUCCAUCUGCUUUUUACACUCCCGAUGCUCCAUUUGUCGGAGACAAAUAUACACAUAAUGUUAACCCGGAUGUAACAGUUUAG